AUGAACGCGCGCUGGAAGACGGCAGGGGCGUGGUGGAAUGGAGCCCCUCGAUUGCUGGACGAUUGGGCGAGUGCCCCGAGCAUCCGGGUAUACAAGAGCCUGGUGACAGCCACCGGCGACGGGGGAACGGGAGACGUGUGGAUCACCUGGACGGGUGGAUCCCAUGCAGAUGGCGUGGUGCUGGUGGACCCUGAGUACCUGAAGGAUCGGAAAGUGUUUGUGAUGCUGACCUGCGCCUUCCGCUAUGGGCGCGAGGACCUGGACGUGCUGGGCCUGUCGUUCCGUAAGGACCUGUUCUCGGCCACCUGCCAAGCCGUGCCCCCCCUGCCCGAGGAGCAGCGCCCCCCCACCCGCCUGCAGGAGCGGCUGCUGCGCAAACUGGGUGCCAACGCCCACCCCUUUGCCUUCACGAUCCCACAGAACCUGCCCGCUCCUGACGCACAACCCGGCCCAGAGGACACGGCAAGGCUUGUGGGUCGAUUUGAGAUCCGAGCUUUCGUGUGCCAAUCCUGGAAGAAAAGAUUCACAAAAGUACCGGAGACCCCAGGGAACUCGGUGCGGUUGGUGAUCCCGGAAGGUGCAGUAGCGCCCGAGAAGCCGGGCCCCCAGCCCAUGCGCGAGACCACGGCACUUCCUUACGAUGUCGGACCGGUCCCGCCCUGGAGGCCGCUGGACAAGGAGCUCUAUUACCACGGGGAGCCCAUCAGCGUGAACGUCCACGAGAGACAACUCGAGCAAGAGCGUGAAGAGAAUCAACGUUUCAGUGCGACAAUACGCAGACAUCUGCUCUUUCAGCACGGCCCAGUACAAGUGUCGGUGGCCCAGACCGAGCAGGAUGACCAGGUGUCGCCCAGCUCCACGUUCUGCCGGGUUUACACCCUGACGCCGCUGCUGAGCCAGAACCGGGAGAAGCGGGGCCUGGCCCUGGACGGGAAACUCAAACACGAGGACACCAACCUGGCCUCCAGCACCAUAGUCAAGGAGGGGGCGAACAAGGAGGUGCUGGGGAUUCUGGUCUCGUACAGGGUGAAGGUAAAGCUGGUUGUAUUGCGGGGAGGCGACGUGUCUGUGGAGCUGCCCUUUGUGCUAAUGCACCCCAAGCCCCCCGAGGUGUUUGCACCAGCUCGGCCCCAGUCAGUUGUCCCUGAAGCGGACGUCCCCGUUGACACCAACCUCAUCGAAUUUGAAACCCACUACGGCCAGGACGAUGACAUCGUCUUCGAGGAUUUCGCCCGCCUGCGGCUCAAGGGGGGAGUCAAGGACGACCAGGAUGAUGAUGGUUUCUGAGGGCGGGGGGAGGGAGCUGGGACCUGGCCCCUGGUGUGGGGCAGUGGAUUUUAACUGUAUCUCUCUGGGCUUUUUAAUGCUGCCCCCCUACCCGCUGGGGGGGGGGGGCGCUCACUAAGCCCCCCCAUCUCACUGCUGUACAGGGUGGGCCCCAGAACUGGGGUCUGGCUUUUAAAUGUCAUUGACUUGGCGGGGGUCCCCUUCUCUUCCCUCCUCCCCCAGAAAUUUUAACUGUGGCUCCCUUGCUGAGCUCUGGAAGGGGGAACGCCCCGCGCCUGGGGGGCAGCUGCCGCUCACGCCCCCCAGUGAAAAGCACUGAAUUCCUCUCUGGGCAUUAUUCCUGCUUCAGCGCCUGUGGCCCCUUGUUCAUCUAGACAUGAAUUUUUAAAGCUGUUUUCAGCAGGGGGGGAGGGUGUCCCAGCCCCCCAUGUCUGCUCCAGGGGCCCCUGCCUGAUGGGGGUAGAGUCAGGACCUAGCACCCCCUCCUGGGGGGCGCUGCAGAUGCUCAUGCUGUGGGUCAGGGAUUUUGGUUUUUUGUGGCUGUUGCGCUGUAGCCGUGUGUGGGGAGGGGGGGGGGCGGGCGGCUCUCACUGAGCACAGGGGACAAGUAAAGGAACUAUCAACUGG